CUCUUUCUCUUCUUACUUCCUCUCCCUUUCUAUCUUCUCAUCUCGUCUUCUCUUCUCUUCUCUACUUCACUUCUUCUCCUCUCCAUACACGUCAAUCUUAACACUGCUCCUCCAUCUCAAAUCCUACCUUCCUAACUACAUUCUCCAUUCAUUCAAUCCUACAAUGCUCCGAUACAUCUACCUCAAAACCAUCGCCCUCCUCCUCCGCACCCUCUCCCGCCUCACGAGCCCCAUAACCGCCCACCCGGACGAAAUCGAGCACAUCCCCUCGCGCGACCCCAACCGCACCAUCAAAAUCCACAUCUACCACCCUCCUCCUCAAUCCCCCGUCCAAACCAACAACCAACGCAUCCUCCUCAACUUUAGCGGCAGCGGCUUCGUCAUGCCCGCCCACGGCCUCGACGACCCCUUCUGCCGCCGCAUCAGCUCCACAACAGGCUACACCGUCUUCGACGUCUCCUACCGCACGGCUCCAGAGUAUCCAUUCCCGGCUGCUCUCAACGACGCUGCUGAUGCCGUCGCCUGGACGCGCGCACGCUAUCCCAACGCCCGACUCGCACUCAGCGGGUUCAGCGCCGGGGGGAACAUCGCCGCUGUCACAGCUACCACCACAUCCACUACAACAGAUACACCAUUCUCGCAUCUCAUGCUCUUCUAUCCCGCAGUCGACAUGCGCGCGUCUGACCCCCCCAAGACAGCCCCAGACUCAUCCGCCCGUCCGCUGCUCCCCAACUGGAUCCUCGUCUUCUUCGUCCGCUGCUACAUGGCUGGUUUCAAGGGAGAGGAUGUUCCCUCUGCACUGGCUGAUCCGAGAGUGUCACCUGGGUUAGCUGACCCUGCGCGGUAUCCCCCCGUGUGUGGCAUUGUGACUGCCGCGCAGGAUACCAUGGCUCUGGAUGCGGAGAGUCUGGCGGGGAGGAUUGAGGAGGCGGGGAAGUCGCUUGUUGUUUGUGAGAGGAUGGAGGGGGUGGGACAUGCUUGGGAUAAGUUUGUUAAGGAGGAGACAGACGGGGAGGGAGAAGAAGAGAGGGGAAUACCCUGGGUGAGGAGGGAGAGGGCUUAUGGGAUUGCGGUGGAGGUUUUGGGGAGAUAGUCUCUCUCUUUCACACACACACACACACACACACACACACAUACUCUCUCUCUCUCUCUCUCUCUCUCGUUUUAUUUCUUUAUCUCUUCUUAUUGUGUUUUGUUUCUGAUUUUAUUCUUCACUUGUUCAUGGCGUUCCCGAUGGAGGUACUUGCUGGGUGGGCUCUCUGUCUUCGGAGAAAAGAAGACUAAUGCUGGAACGGAACAAACCGAGGAUGGGGUGCGACGGACUAAGUACAAUAUCAGUAUCAGUAUCAGUAUCAAUAUCAAUAUCAAUAUCAG